GUUUGGCAACUUCACCUGUAGGGUUGUUUUAAUCAACCUGCUCCACAGUCUCCAGAUCACUGUUGGAAGACAGUGGUGGGACGCGGCCAGCUACCCACGGGGAGAGAGAUGCUGGCUGUGAAGGGGUGCCGAAGCCUGCCUUGCACUUAGCCCCCCUUCAGCCAGCGCCGCCCGGGGAUCGCUGAUCUGCUGGCCAGCCAGGGCCCGGUCCCAGGAGGCCCUCCUCCAGACGUGGGUUGCCAACCUCAGCUCCAGGUCAUAAAGAAUUCAGGAAGAUCUCAAGCCAGCAUGGAUCCCAACAGUGAUCGACCCCUGAACAGCUUUGAAGUCACCCCCGUGCGCAAAACCCGCACCUCCCUGGAGACCUUCAAAAAGGUGGGCAUCCCCAUCAUGGCGGUACUGCUGAGCCUGGCGAUCGUCACCGUCGCGGCUGUCCUCAUCAAAGUGGUUCUGGACAAAUACUACUUCCUCUGCGGGCAGCCCCUCCACUUCAUCCCGAGGCCACAGGUGUGUGACGGCCAGCAGGACUGUGCCUCAGGGGAAGACGAGCAGCACUGUGUCAACAGCUUCCCCGAUGGGCCUCCAGUGGCAGUCCGCCUCUCCAGGGACCGAUCCACCCUGCAGGUGCUGGACCCGGCCACAAAGAACUGGGCCUCCGCCUGUUUCGACAACUUCACAGAAGCUCUGGCCAAGACAGCCUGUGGGCAGAUGGGCUAUGACAGCGUGAGCAGCAAACCCACCUUCAGAGCCGUGGAGAUUGGCCCAGACCAAGAUCUGGAUGUCGUCAAAGUCACAGAGAACCUCCAGGAACUUCAGGUGCGAAACUCAAGUGGUCCUUGCCUCCCAGGCAGCCUGCUUUCUUCCUCCUUCCUACCGGAAGCCUGUGGGCAGAGCCUGAAGGCCCCUCGGGUGGUGGGCGGGGAGAAGGCCUCUGUGGAUUCUUGGCCUUGGCAGGUCAGUAUCCAGUAUGACAAACAACACAUCUGUGGAGGGAGCAUCCUGGACCCCUACUGGAUCCUCACAGCAGCCCACUGCUUCCGGAAGCAACUCGAUGUGUCCAACUGGAAGGUGAGGGCUGGCUCAGAGAAACUGAGCAAACUCCCAUCCCUGUCUGUGGCCAAGAUCUUCAUCACUGAGCGCAACUUCAUGCUCCCCAAAGAGAAGGACAUUGCCCUCGUGAAGCUGCAGUCCCCACUCACGUUCUCCGGUACAGUCAGGCCCAUCUGUCUGCCCUUCUCUGAUGAAGUGCUCGCUCCAGCCACCCCAGUCUGGGUCAUUGGAUGGGGCUUUACGGAACAGGGUCGAGGGAAGAUGUCUGACACACUGCUGCAGGCAUCCGUCCAGAUCAUUAACAGCACACGCUGCAAUGCAGAGGAUGCGUACCAGGGGGAGGUCACCGAGAAGAUGCUGUGUGCAGGCAUGCUGGAGGGCAGCGUGGACACCUGCCAGGGUGACAGCGGUGGGCCUCUGAUGUAUCACUCUGACCAGUGGCAAGUGGUGGGCAUCGUGAGCUGGGGCCAUGGCUGUGGGGGCCCGAGUACUCCGGGAGUGUACACCAAGGUCACAGCCUAUCUCAAUUGGAUCUACAAUGUCAGGAAGUCUGAUCCAUGAUGCUGCUGCCCCCCUGCAGUGCUGAAAACUGCUCCCCCCAACCCUGCCCAUGUGGGGGUCCCCCAGAAAUCAGACACAUAGCAAGAGCCCCCUUGGGCAUACCGUUCUGCCCACAGUCUCAGCAUUUCUUGGUGCAACAAAGGACUUCAUUUCCUGUAAGAGCCCCCACAGCCCACAGGCACCCUGGAGGAAGUCAGCAGCCCUGGCUCAGCUGCCCCGGAUGCUCUCAGCAUCCGAAGGGGAAGAGACACAGCCCAAUGAACAAGCCAGCCUCCAGGCCGAGAUCUCAGGAGGCAUCACUAAGCCAAGAAGGAACUUUCUACUCUACUGAAUAGAAAUAGAUGCCUUUCUGAGAGCCCAGAUCACCACAGACUGGAGAGGAGGAGGAAGGGGUCUGAGCCAGCACUCUCCUUCCCCACCCAUCCCCAAGCCCACCCAAACAAGAAAGCCCUUAUAAUGUAAAGUGCGUUGUCCUACUGUUGGCACAAAUACUGUUACUUGCUUUUGUUAUUGUUACCUCAGUGGCCACUGUUAUUAAACUGGUAUGUGAAGUCUUUGACAUAGGCUGACUGGGCUAUGAACCAUGGCUCAGCUCUGAGCCAAGGCGACUGAACUAUGACCUUUAUUCUUUGGCCUGAGUAGGAAAAGUUCCUGGGGAUACGACUGAGUCUCAAAGUGGAAGAAAAGAAGACAUGGAGACCAGAGCUGAUGGGUAAGGGCAACGGUGAGGAAGCCAGGGUUAGUAAGUCUCUUCUUCACAGGACCUGUCCCGUUGCCCUCCUCCCCUUCCUCCCUGCUGUGACAUCAGCCAUAGUCCAGAGAGAACCUAUGACUAGGGAAGGAGAGGAUUUGGGCAUUCAAGGCCGACAUUAAAUCAUGGUGCCCCCAAGUGGCUGGAAA